AGAUCUGAGUGGGUGAGUACGUAAGCGGUUUGGUAAUACGAAAUAAAAAGACAGGAAUGAGUAAGUGGAUGGUUUUUCAAUUUUUCCCGGUACCGGCGCAAAAUAGUUGCAUCAUUUUGCAAUCAUGAGUAAGAACAUUGUGCUUCUCCCUGGUGAUCACGUGGGCCCCGAGGUUGUUGCGGAGGCCGUCAAGGUUCUCGAGGCUGUCUCGUCGGCAAUCGGCGUUAAGUUCAACUUUUCCAAGCACCUGAUCGGCGGUGCCUCGAUCGAUGCUUAUGGGGUGCCAUUGUCCGACGAGGCCCUCGAAGCCGCCAAGAAGGCUGACGCCGUUUUGCUUGGAGCCGUCGGAGGACCUAAGUGGGGAACCGGCUCCGUGCGUCCUGAGCAGGAUCUGUUGAAGAUCAGAAAAGAGCUCAACUUGUACGCGAACCUGCGUCCAUGCAGUUUUGCUUCCGACGCUCUUCUGAAGCUAUCUCCACUGAAAUCAGAAAUCGUCAAGGGCACUGACUUUGUUGUUGUGCGUGAGUUGGUUGGUGGAAUCUACUUUGGUGACCGCAAGGAGGAUGCCGGCGACGGAGUUGCCAGCGACACUGAGAGCUAUUCUGUUCCAGAGGUGCAGAGAAUCACGAGAAUGGCGGCCUUUUUGGCGCUGCAGAGCGACCCACCGCUGCCACUGUGGUCGCUGGACAAAGCCAACGUGCUUGCAUCCUCGCGUUUGUGGCGGAAGACUGUUGAGGAGACCAUCAAGAACGAGUUCCCGCAGCUGACGGUGCAGCACCAGCUGAUCGACUCGGCAGCCAUGAUUUUGGUCAAGUCGCCAACGAAACUCAACGGUGUCAUUGUCACCAACAACAUGUUUGGCGACAUCAUCAGUGACGAGGCCAGUGUGAUUCCUGGGUCUCUGGGCCUGCUGCCUUCUGCCUCGUUGGCGUCUCUGCCAGACACAAACAAGGCGUUUGGUCUUUACGAGCCCUGCCACGGCUCGGCGCCAGAUUUGGGCCCGGGCAAGAUCAAUCCAUUGGCCACAAUUUUGUCUGCCGCCAUGAUGCUGAAGCUGUCGCUGGACUUGGUGGAUGCCGGCCGUGCGAUCGAGCAGGCCGUCAAGAACGUCCUGGAUGCAGGUAUCAUGACUGCCGAUUUGGGUGGAAGCUCCUCAACACAGGAAGUUGGUGAUGCUGUUGCGCAGGAGGUGGCCAAGCUACUCAAGAACUAAAUAAGGGAGAAAAAAAAGUAGGAUCUCGAAUAAUUCCUAAAUAAUCCCAAAAAUCCUAAACACGCACGCCUCACAGAUUUUAUUUUUUUCGACGCGACGCUCUAUUGUUUAUUUUUUAGCUUUUCCAUGUCAACAUGAGAUUCGGUGUCGUAUUCGUGAUCACCCAAGUCCUAGCAGACUUUACGUAUUUGGGUUGCUACAGCUCGGAUGCCAUUUCCGGCCUGACCAAGAAGGACUCGUACACAUGGCAGAGCUCCAGCCAUUGCACGGAGCAGUGUUCGGGACACGCAGUUGCUGCAUUGAUCAACGGCCAGGACUGCUAUUGCGGAGACGACGUGCCUUCGGACAACCCCGACGGCUCGUGCACAACGUCCUGCACUGGUUAUCCCAUGGAGAAGUGUGGUGGUAGCGACUCUUAUUCCGUCUAUGUUGACGAGUCUGAGGAAAACGACGACGACAGUUCGUCGGCGCAGUCGUCGCACUCGUCCACAGACGAUGCCACUUCCACCUCCUCCACCUCCACCACCUCCUCCUCCAGUUCCAGUCUGUCCAGCUCCUCAACAUCGUCUUCCUCCACGCAAAGUUCCUCCCCACAGAGCUCCACCAUGUCUUCCACAGACUCGUCUCCAACGUCCUCAAGUCUGUCCGCUAGCUCGACUACAACAAGCUCGAUUUCGUCCUUUUCUGUCUCCCAGAGCUCGUCGUCGUCUUCAACCACCUCUUCGUCCACACCCUCAUCCGAAUCAGUGCGGAUAACUACGUCCGUUUCACCUGGAAACAUGCAGACCUCCAUCAUCUACAUCACGCAGUCCGUCGCUACAGCCACCUCGGCGUCGGCUGCCGCGUCGUCCUCAAGUGCCUCGAGCGCCAACAACAGGUCCACGGGGCUCAGCAAGGGCGCGAAGGCCGGAAUCGCUGUCGGGUCGAUCCUCGGAGCUUUGCUGCUCUUGGGACUUCUGCUCCUGUUCCUGUUUUGGCGCAGACGCCAGCGCGACGACAGAGACAACCUCAGCGAAAAGCGCGCAUCCAGCAUUUUGGCGUCGUCUCCCCGUCAGCCUCCAGCUGGCUCGCGAGGUGCGGCAGCAGGAAUCGGAGCCAACGCAUUCGGAUUCAUGUCCGAGGACGACAGACUGGACAUGCCGGGCACGUCGAGACGGUUCAGCGACGGGUCGUUGCCGGACGCUGCCGCUGGAGCCGCGGUGCCGCCGAAUAGUGCCCGACAGGGAGGUUUGCGGGUGGUAAACCCAGAUCUCAGCGACGAAGAAUAAAUUGCAUAUAAACACUUACAUAAAAUUCAAUGUCCUGCCCAUUCGAUCGAGUUCAGGUCGAUACCCUCGUUGACCAUCUCCCACAGCGGACUCAGCUCCCGCAGGAACUUGACUCUCUCGGUCAGGGCCUGGAUCACGUAGUCGACCUCGGCCUCGGUGGUGAAUCUACCGAUGCCGAACCGGAUCGAUGAGUGUGCAAGGGCGUCGUCGGCGCCCAGAGCAUGCAGAACGUACGAAGGCUCAAGAGACGCAGACGUGCAGGCGGAUCCGGACGAAAGAGCAAUGUCCUUCAAUGCCAUCAAAAGAGACUCCCCCUCGAUGUACGCAAACGAAACGUUAACGCAGCCAGGGUAUCUGUGGAUGCGGGAUCCGUUCAGUUGUGUGUGCUCCAUAGACAGCAGGGCAUCCAUCAGCUUCGUGCUCAGGGCCUUAAUGUGGGCCUGGUCUGCAUCGUACUCUUGCACCAUCAGUCUUGCAGCCUCCCCAAAGCCACAAACAAGCGGAGGAGCCAGUGUUCCGGACCGCAGACCUCUCUCUUGGCCUCCACCAUUGAUUAUUGGGUCCAGUCUGACUCUAGGCCGUCUUCGCACGUACGUGGCACCAACACCCAUAGGUCCAUAUAUCUUGUGUGAGGAAAUCGACAUCAGGUCAAUGUUGCACUUGUUGACGUCGAUCGGUAUCUUGCCGUAAGCCUGGGCGGCGUCGGUGUGGAAGAACACCUUGUGCGAGCGACAGAUGCGGCCAAUAUCCUCCAAAGGCUGGAUCACUCCUAUUUCGUUGUUCACAGCCAUAACAGACACUAAACUGGUAUCUUUUCUGAUAGACUUCUCCAGAAGCUCCAAAUCGAUCAGGCCGUCCGAGUUGACCGGCAAAUAUGUCACCUCGAAGCCCUCAUCUUGCAGAUGUCUGCAGGAAUCCAGAACGCACUUGUGUUCCGUCUGGGUGGUGAUGAUGUGCUUCUUGCUCUUACCGUAGAACCGGGCAACGCCCUUCAGGGCCAUGUUGUUACAUUCUGUGGCGCCCGAAGUGAAAAUAAUCUCCUUUGGGUCUGCACCGAUCACGGCAGCGACGUUUGCGCGCGCCUCCUCAACGGCCUUAUCGGUCUCCCAUCCAUAGGCGUGGGUAGACGAAUGCGGGUUGCCGUAAAGCCCCGUAUAGAAUUCCAACAUUUUGUCCAACACACGUGGGUCUGUCGGCGUUGUUGCCUGCAUGUCCAAGUAUAUCGGUCUUGUGCCAUACUCCGAAGGAUCUCUUGUUGCCGAUUUGAGAGAAAUCGAUGAUCCCUGAGGCGGCUGGGCCCCAGAAGUCGGCAUUGCCUGCUUGACGCCACUCGACGAUGUCCUUCUCAGCGCAGAGACGGAAAAGCGUCUCACGCUAGCUCCGAUCCUGAACCUGUACAUGAAGAGUGCUGAAAAUUAA